GCGAGAUUUGGGUCAAAACGGAAGCAGCAGACUUGUCUUGUCGGGGCUUGUUCUAAAUCACCCGGGAAAAAACCCACUGGUGUCUCCGAAACAAUAUAAACUCUUCUCUGUGCACAAAGAUGCCCGCCACUUCAGAGAUUCACGCUGCAGAAAGCUUCAAAGCGGAGGAGAAGACGCAGCCUAAGGAGAAGACGCAGCCGGAGGAGAGGAAGAAGAGCUUCGGGGUUUUCUGUGAUGAACGAGGAUAUCUGGACCAGAUCGAGUACAUCCUGCAGCACGGCCGCAGGAAGGGGGACCGGACCGGGACCGGGGUCGUCUCUGUGUUCGGGGCUCAGGCCAGAUACAGUCUGAGAGAUCAGUUUCCUCUGCUGACGACCAAGAGAGUGUUUUGGAAAGGGAUCCUUGAAGAACUGCUGUGGUUUAUCAAGGGCUCAACAAAUGCCAAGGAGCUUUCAGAGAAAGGGGUGAAGAUUUGGGAAGCCAACGGGUCCCGGAGCUUCCUGGACAACCUCGGGUUCACAGAGAGAGAGGAAGGCGACCUGGGGCCGGUGUACGGUUUCCAGUGGAGGCACUAUGGUGCCGAGUACACCAACAUGCAUGCAGAUUACACGGGACAAGGUGUGGACCAGCUGCAGAAGGUCAUUGACACCAUUAAGAAAAAUCCAGAGGACAGACGGAUCAUCAUGUGUGCUUGGAACCCCAAAGACCUGCCCCUCAUGGCUCUGCCGCCCUGCCACGCCCUGUGUCAGUUCUACGUGUGUGAUGGCGAGCUGUCGUGCCAGCUGUACCAGCGCUCCGGAGACAUGGGCCUCGGGGUCCCGUUCAACAUCGCCAGCUACGCACUUCUGACCUACAUGAUCGCACACAUCACAGGACUCCAGCCUGGCGACUUCGUUCACACACUGGGAGACGCUCAUGUCUACGUCAACCACAUCGAGCCUCUCAAAGUACAGCUUCAGAGGGAGAUCCGGCCCUUCCCCAAGCUCAAGAUCCUGAGAAAGGUGGAGAGCAUCGAUGAUUUCCGUGCAGAGGACUUUGAGAUCUGCGACUACAACCCUCACCCCACCAUUAAGAUGCAGAUGGCUGUGUGAAAUAUUUGUGUGGAACGUGCUGAAGAAAAUCUAUUUUCACAUUGCUUUAUGUACUGUAUAGUAUGCAUCCUGAGAACCAUACAUAUUUAUAUAUUUUAGAAGUUCAGCUCAUUUAAAUCACAAAACAGGCAUUUUUGUGUAUUAUUUUGGUGAAAUGACACUUUAAACCAUAUUAAAAAUAAAUCUCCAGUCAUGUUGGGUUUUCUGAAGUUGAACAAAUGAUGCAUAAUGUUUGGUUACCAGAGGAGAAAUGUUUUCUUUGCUUUGAAGAAAGGCAACUUGGAUCUGUUUCAUUUUUAAUAUUAAUAUCUAAUUUGUAAAUAAAGAAGUUACAUUCA